AUGGAAGCUCAAGGCAUCCCCCACCCGCAGCAUCAGCAGUACGGCCCUCCUCAACAUGCCUUCUCGUCUCAACUCGACAUGGCUCAGCAACCCGCAGCCGGCCGCCCCGGGAACUUCAACUUGAACAACAUGGCGAACGCGUUGCCCCAGUCCAACAUGAGGCAUGGGAAUUAUGUACCUGGUGGCCAGCCGCAGCAUCAACAGCAGCGAUUCAGCCCUGCUACAUCCUCGCCUUCGAUGAUGCCGCAGAUGCCACAGAUGGCUCCUCAGUAUCCUGGUCAAGGCGCGAUGCCCAUGGGAAACCCGCAGUACUACAUGCCGCAACACCACCAGAUGCAGCAUUACUAUACCAAUCAGCUCUCUCCGACUCAGCAGCAAGCUCGCCCGAACAUGGGAUACUAUCCGAAUCAGAUGGUCAUGAAUCAUCCGCAGCAUAACCAGAUCCCUCAAGGGUAUUACUAUCCCCCAGCUGGCCACUACUCUCAGAACCAAGCUCGCCACAACCCCAUGGUCUCGGCACAGUACAUGGGGACAGACACUGGGCACAGUGACCCAAGAGUCAUGCCUCAGAUGCCUAACGGGAUCAACCCUAGCGGUAUGAACGCUCCUUCGAGUCACAGGUCGAGUGAUGUGGGCGAUGGCCGAUCUGGUGUUGUACGCGGCCCACCGCGAAAACCGCGCCAAAGUGGACAUGCGAUCUGGGUUGGAAAUCUUCCGCCUCAAACCGACCUCAUGAACCUCGUCCACCACGUGUGCAAAGAAGCGAACGGCCUCGAGUCACUAUUCUUGAUAUCGAAAAGCAAUUGUGCAUUCGCCAACUUCAAAGACGAACAAACGUGCGUAACAGCUCAACAAAAGCUUCACGACUCCAAGUUCCAGUCCGUUCGCCUGGUCAGCCGCUUGCGCAAGAGCACCGUCGAAGGCGCAACGGGCGUUACAGCACCUACGGGCCCGGCGGCCUCUUCUGGAUCGCAAACACCCCAUGACGUGGUUGCACCACCCAGCGCUCCUGAAGCUGCCCCCGAGGCUGCAGUGGCAGAGUCCAACGACCUGAAACCCGUCACUACAGUAGAAGCAACGUCUCAGAAGGACAAAUUCUUCAUUCUGAAAAGUCUGACUGUGGAGGAUCUCGAGCUUAGUGUCAGGACGGGGAUUUGGGCAACCCAAUCUCACAAUGAGGAUACGCUGAAUGCUGCUUUCAAUGCCGUUGACAACGUCUACUUGGUGUUUUCUGCGAACAAAUCAGGCGAAUACUUCGGAUACGCAAGAAUGACAUCCCAGAUUAACGAAGACCCGGACGCCGCGAUCGAGUUUGCCCCCAAAGCGCAGUCCGCAAACGAUGUCGACUUACCGAAGGCAAUUCCUACCGAACCCACAGAGUUUGCGCCCAAGGGCAGGAUUAUUGACGACUCGGCCCGGGGCACCAUCUUCUGGGAAGCAGAGCGUGAGGACGGAGAAGGCGGUGACGAGGAAGAAGAGACCGAGGUGGAACACAGCGAUGCAAGCAGCCGAAAGAGCGGGAACCAAGAAGCUGAUGGUACCACCAAGGCUUGGGGGAAGCCCUUCAAACUCGAGUGGCUGUCGACGGCACGACUUCCAUUCUACCGUACCAGGGGUCUUCGUAAUCCAUGGAACUCGAACCGAGAGGUCAAGAUCGCGAGAGACGGCACCGAACUGGAACCGUCCGUCGGAAGGAGGCUGAUUGGGCUCUUCAAUAGGGUCCAGAGUCCCGGCCCAGGAUCUGUGCCGGCCAUGCGACCCGGAAUGGCGAUGAUUGCAGGAUAUCCGCCCAUGCGGCCACAAUUUCAACAAUAA